AGUCAGAAUUACAAAGUUUGGUGAGCCCCGUCAAUUACCUCUUGCGACCAAAAGGAAAUUAAUUGUCCAUCAUGCAGAGGGCUUGAGAAGCUGGCACCUAGAGCCAUGUCGCACUUCUUCUACUUGACUCCACAAAUCGUUCUGCCCUUUAGCCCUCUCAGCUCUCGAGAGUUCGAUCUGAUCAGACGCAAGGCUGGAGCAUCUUGGCAGAAGGAAACGAGGUGGUUGGACUCUUCCAUAACAACAUACACAGGCAGUUACCGGAAAAAACAACUGGACGAGUCCGCCAGCAGCCGAUUUUCUUUUAAAGCAGGACGGCAUCGGCCUGAGUGUAACCAGAUAUCUUCACCAAAUUCUGCCUUCAGUCCCACGGUCUGCAGGGCUGGCUCCCGGGAGACUACAGAUGUGAAGAGACUAUUUCCUCAAAUAACCAGUUCUUUUAAAAAUGCACCUGAUGUCAAACACAGUGUGGUACACCAAAUUCUGUUUGGUGAUUUUUCUACAGCACCUCCAAAUUAUGAAAGAUCAUGUAUGAGAAUUAAAGAGCCAGUAUCUAAGAACCUGAUCAACUACAAUCAACUAAGGAAAGACUUUCUGAAGCAUCUGCACGCACGGGGUGACUCCGCAAGCCUGGCUGGCUCGUCUGAAGACUCAGAAGGUGACCAGCGCUCCGCUUGUGGUCUGGGACGACCGUUACCGUCACUUAGCUGAGUCGCAAAACCAAGUCCCAAAGGCGGAGGCCUGCGGUUUGCUUAAGGACUCUGAGAUCCUGAGUGCCUUGUGAGCAGGGGCUGAUUUCAGAAUCACCCGGAAGAUUAAACUCUGGUAGUGCUAGGACAUACAUUUCCUGAGGGUAGAGAUGGCGUUUUAUUCCUCGUUUGCCCUUCAGUGCCUGUCGUCAAGCCAGACACACCGUGCGUUUGCUAUUCAGUUUCCUCAAUGCUAUUAUUGCAACAUUUAAACACAGCAGCGAAAUUUGCGUUGAGGACGUUGGGAGCACCAGAGGGAAAAUCUUCCCCUUGCUGAUGUCCUUUGCAGACACAAGAAGCCAGGGAAUGGGAGGAAGAGGCCAUCACUUGUGAGAUGAUAAUUGCAUGGUGAAGUGACAGUGUCAACAUCGCGAAAAGGAAGACGCUAACCAGAACAGCUGGAGCCUUAAAUGAGGCGAACCCUGGGCAACGUGGCUCUGCUCCCCUGGGCAAGUCCUUCCCUCGGAAGAAGGAGAGGUCCGUGUCGCCUGCAAGGAGGACGCGUCUGCCAGUCACAGGCCGUGCAGCAGAUGGAAAACAUCCACUGCUCCUUGUCCACGUGGAGUGACAUGUGGCUGACAAACUGGACAUUGAGCUCAGUCUCAAAUCCACACACGUGACAACUAUAUGAGGGGACGACAAAAAAGAAAAAAAAAGGAGAGAGAAGAGUGAUGCUCUGCGGUCCACUUAGAAAACCAAACUCUUAUACACAUGUAUUCUCUCCCACCAAAAGGUUUUGCAUUAGAAAAUUCUUCGGGGGGGGGGGGGGACGCCUGGGUGGCUCAGCGGCU